GGCCGAGUCUUUAGUUCUCUGUGAUAAUUACUUCAAUCUAUUUCUGUCGAGUAUUGUAUCAGAUACCAUUCGCGGUGAACGUGUUUUGACCUUUGGUGAAGAGAGUAAUGUAAAAUGCCUGCAUGUGAGGUAUGUCAACAGCCCGCCAACCAGACGUGUGGUGGGUGCAAAUCCGUCUUCUACUGUUCAAGAGCUCAUCAAAAAUGCGCGUGGAAAGAACACAAAUCGCAAUGCCGGACCUUCGAGAUACACCAUUCGGAAGCGCUAGGACGAUACUUAGUAGCUUCAAGGGAUAUAAAACAAGGAGAGAUUAUAUUGAAAGAGAAGCCUGCUAUCAGUGGUCCCAGAAUUGCUAGCACGCCUCACUGUUUGUCGUGUAAUAAAAAGUUGAAUCCGAUACAAGAUGGGGAGUCACUAGAUUAUUACAAAUGCUCUUCGUGCAAUUGGCCUUUAUGUGGAUUUGAAUGUGAGUCUACGGAAGUACAUAGACGGGAGUGUAAGCUUAUGACAGCAAAUAACUACAAAUGUAAUAUAAAGUACGUAGCCCCAGGUCGAGCAGAGGCUGCGUAUUGUGUGAUCGCUCCUCUAAGAACUUUGAUGUUAAAGGAAUCCAAUCCUGAACUAUUCCAGAAUAUUAUGAGUUUGGAAUCCCAUUUGAAAGAUCGGAUUAACACACAGCUGUAUCAAGUGUUUAAAACGAAUCUAGUGACGUUUGUUAAACAAGUGCUAAAAUUACCCUAUGAUGAUGAAACAAUACUGAAGGUAGCAUCGAUAUUUGAUAUAAAUUCGUUUGAUGUUAGGUCAGCCGAUGGUAGUAGCAGGUUCAGGGCAAUAUACACAAGAGCAUCGAUGAUAAACCAUAAUUGUAAACCAAAUACCAGGCACAUUUUUAUAGGAGACGAUUAUAUAUUUGCCUUAAUUGCAACUGUGCCUAUCGCAAAAGGUGAAAUGAUAACUGCAACGUACACUCAAUCCUUGUGGGGUACAUUGGAUAGACGGAAACAUUUGAAGAGUACCAAACACUUUGAUUGUACAUGUGAAAGGUGUAAAGAUCCAACUGAAUUCGGGACAUAUACAGGAAACAUUUAUUGUUCGCUGUGUGCGGAGGGGAAAUUAGAAAAUAAGCCAAUGAUGGUAUCAACGGAUCCUUUGAAUGAGACAGCUCCAUGGAAAUGUGAAUCGUGUGGAUACUGUAUUCAGAGUAGGCAAAUGUUCUGGGGUAACAACGCAUUGAAAGAAGACUUGAAGAAGUUAAAUAAGAACGAUCCUGAGGAGUACGAAAACUUUAUCAAAAUGUACAGCCAUACGUUACAUCCGAAAAAUCAUUUGAUCAUUCAAUCAAAGUUGGCGUUGAUGCAGAUUUAUGGAAAUUAUGAGAAAUAUACAUUAUCAGAUCUAUCAGAUGACUUACUAGAAAGGAAAGUGGACAUUUGUCAUGAACUCCUUGAAGUAGCAGAUAAACUAGAACCAGGUUGGACCAAAUUUCGAGGAACAAUACUUUUAGAAUUGCAGGCUGCUAUGGUCAUGCAAACUAAAAGAGAAUUUGAAGCUGAUAAACUGACUAAAGCUGGAGCUCAGGAUCAACUAAUGGAAAGCAUGGUGCUGCUCCAAGAGGCUACAAAUAUUCUUAAGGUUGAGGCUCACAUGAGAGAUACUUUAGAAGAAAAGGUGAAGACACUGUCUUCUUUGAUAGAUACAACAUCCGGGUGAUUAGAAGUUUCCUAUCAUCUUCAGUAUUCACUUUUUAUAUGAUACAGAAUAAAAUAUAAGGAAUUUGUAAAUUAAACAACGGAUUGUUUCUAAUAACAUGAAUAAAAAGAUUUUUUUAGA